AUGCCGCCGAAGCGAGCCCCCACCAGUGGGCGACGCCGACGAGGCGCCACAACGAGAGAGCAAACGACAGCAGCAACAGAAGCCGUGGAGGAGGAGAGGGGGGAGAUUGAGGCGCAAGGCACUUCGCCGCUUCGGGUGUCCUUGUCGCCGCCGCGCCCCUCGCACGCGGCAAACCCCGUCACACCGUCGCCGCGCCCGUCUAUGAUGACGGUGCGCAGGCUGCAGCACAAGCCACGCUUCGCACAGAAGCGCAGCCGCAACGAUGAUGAUGAUGANGAGGAGGAGGAGGAGGAGUUGGAAGAAGAGGAGGAGGAGUUGGAAGAAGAAGAGGAGGAGGCCGAGGGUGUGGCGGUGUCGCAGCGGCGGCCGACGGGGCACACCGCUGGCAGCAGUCGGCGCAGUGGCAGUCGCAUGAGCGAUGGCGCGACCGGGCAGGAGGCGGAGGGGUUCUUCCACGACCUGCACGCCAUGCAGCCGCUGCGCGUGCGCCUCGGCGUCUGUCCGCUGCCCAACGCCACCGCUGCGUCCGACCACCACCUGCGAUCAGGUGCCGCAGCAACAACAGCAGCAUCAACAACCACAACAACGGCGCUGCUGCUGUCGCCGCAGAAGUUCUUUACGCUGCCGGAAGAAAAGGGAGGGUCGGACGUGGUGGGGUGGUCUGCCGCCUUCUCGGGGGUCUCAGUGGAGCUGCCGAGCGAGGGCGUGUACAACAAGGCGUCGGUAUCGCUGACAGUGAUGCUGCCGCCGUAG